GUGGGGAGGUGAAGGGUGGUCUCAGAGCCUCAGCGCUGGGAGGUCGUGGAGCGGCGGCACGGGCGGCGGGAGCAGCCGCAGCAACAGCGAGCGGGACGGAGUUAGGACCGCUCGGAGCGCCCAGGUCUCGAGGUAGCGUAAGGUUUGCAAUCCUUCCACUUGCUGGCAGUUGCAGAAGAUCUGCUUUUAAGUGAAACGUUCGAGCCACCCCUCUGAGGGCUGCGGCUUCCCGGGGCUCGCUUCUUUCUCUCUCUCUUCACCGGCCCUCACGCUCACUCUUUAAUUUGCACGCACCCCUAAGUUUGCUGAGAGCUUGCUGCCCGCUCGGAGCCGCUCCGGCCAGGCGCCGCGGGCGGGGGCGGGGAGCCCGGGAACCGCAAUCCAGAAGCGUCGUGGGCCAUGUAUAUUUCAUCAAAUGGACUUUGGGUGCGUCGCGUCUCACAGCCAUCAACGCUAUGUGCAGUGACAUUUCUGACUUGAGUGGAGGAAUGCGCGAAGGAAGCCCGGGCGAAAUUGUUACUAGAGGAUCUUCUUGGCGCCAAUGCUAAUUGUCCUGAUUUAUGUCCCUUCUGACUAAGCUCAACGUCUUCAUCUGAAAUAAAAUGAAAGCUGUGCCAAGCGGGGUAGAACCGCCCGGCCGCUGGUUCUGAUCCCCAGAAUCAGGAAAUCGUCCUGCAGCUGAAAAAAAAAAAAAAAAAAAAUUACAAAAAAAAAAAAAAAAAAAAAAGGAAAGAAAAAAAUAGAAAUAGAAAAAAAAAAAUCCCCCAGUAAAAGUUUAAGGCGAGAAGUGGCAGAGGCAGUGGCGCGAGGAGGAGCGGAGGAGAGCCGGCAAGCGGGGGACUGGGCUGGCAAGACCUCCCGAAGGCUGCGAUUUCAUUAUUAAUAUCACUAUAUUUUUGGAGGGAGAGGCACCUUUCUCAUCCUCUCUUCCUCUCCGCCCACCCCUGCUCCCUCCCCCUCAUCUACCUGUCAAAGUCACUGAUCUUUUGCAUUUCGGAAGAGGACGUCAACGGAAAGGAAUUCCCCCUCUCGGCGAGGGCUCCGAGAGGGGGCGACGCGCAGGAGGCUCCCCCUCUGGGGCCCGCGACCAAGGGUGUUGGUGCCAGAAGGAAAGAAUGAUUGAUGAGAAGCAGACACCAGGCUAUAGACACUCAUCCUUUUGCUUCAGAUACUAUCAGUACAUCUGAGCAUCCCUUGUGAGCCACGAGCACUGAGGAUCACCCAGGGUUAUCGGAUGUACAACGGCAGAGCCAUCACAUCGCUAAAUCAUCCUUUGCUCCUGGACAUCUUUUACAAAAACCAAACUAGACCUGAGUGUAAUAGAUACGUUCUAGGACAACGAAAAAGCUGCACGUUGUUGGCGAUGCCUACCGCACAAGUAUGUUAGACUUCCACCCAAAUCCUCGAUAUACCUGAACACGCACAAUAUCAACCCUUGGCUUUUAGAUUUGGAAUCUACAUUGAGAUUUCAUCCUCUUUUUUUUUUUUUUUUUUAAUAUAUAGACUUACCUACAUAUACACAUAUAUGUAUAUGUAAAAGGGACAUAGAUCACAAAUAAGCAAACCCUGCUUUAUUACCACAAAGAUUGCCAAGAAUUUAGAGAUGUAUUUGUCAAGAUUCCUGUCAAUUCAUGCCCUUUGGGUUACAGUGUCCUCAGUGAUGCAGCCCUACCCUUUGGUAUGGGGACAUUACGAUGUGUGUAAGACUCAGAUUUACACAGAAGAAGGGAAAGUUUGGGAUUACAUGGCCUGUCAGCCGGAAUCCACGGACAUGACCAAAUAUCUGAAAGUAAAACUGGAUCCUCCGGACAUUACCUGUGGAGACCCUCCUGAGACAUUCUGUGCAAUGGGCAACCCCUACAUGUGCAAUAAUGAGUGUGAUGCAAGUACCCCCGAGUUGGCGCAUCCCCCUGAGCUGAUGUUUGAUUUUGAAGGAAGACAUCCAUCCACAUUUUGGCAGUCUGCUACUUGGAAGGAAUAUCCCAAGCCUCUCCAGGUUAACAUCACUCUGUCUUGGAGCAAAACCAUUGAGCUCACAGACAACAUAGUUAUUACCUUCGAAUCGGGGCGUCCAGACCAAAUGAUCCUGGAGAAAUCUCUCGAUUAUGGACGAACAUGGCAGCCCUAUCAGUAUUAUGCCACAGACUGCUUAGACGCUUUUCACAUGGACCCUAAAUCCGUGAAGGAUUUAUCACAGCAUACGGUCUUAGAAAUCAUUUGCACUGAAGAGUACUCUACGGGGUAUAUGACAAAUAGCAAAAUAAUCCACUUUGAAAUCAAAGACAGGUUUGCGUUUUUUGCUGGACCAUGGCUACGCAAUAUGGCUUCUCUCUACGGACAGCUGGAUACAACCAAGAAACUCAGAGAUUUCUUUACAGUCACAGACCUGAGGAUACGGCUUUUGCGACCAGCGGUUGGGGAAAUAUUUGUAGAUGAGCUACACUUGGCACGCUACUUUUAUGCGAUCUCAGACAUAAAGGUUCACGGAAGGUGCAAAUGUAAUCUCCAUGCCACUGUGUGUGUGUAUGACAACAGCAAAUUGACCUGUGAAUGUGAGCACAACACUACAGGUCCAGACUGUGGGAAAUGCAAGAAGAAUUAUCAGGGUCGGCCUUGGAGUCCAGGCUCCUAUCUCCCCAUCCCCAAAGGCACUGCAAAUACCUGUAUCCCCAGUAUUUCCAGUAUUGGUAAUUGUGAAUGCUUCGGCCACUCCAAUCGAUGCAGUUAUAUCGAUCUGCUAAAUACAGUCAUUUGCGUGAGCUGUAAACACAACACUAGAGGGCAGCACUGUGAGUUAUGCAGGCUGGGCUACUUCAGAAAUGCUUCUGCACAGCUGGACGAUGAGAAUGUGUGCAUAGAGUGUUAUUGUAACCCUUUGGGCUCAGUCCAUGAUCGUUGUAAUGGCUCAGGAUUUUGUGAGUGUAAGACGGGAACGACAGGGCCUAAGUGUGAUGAGUGUCUGCCGGGAAAUUCCUGGCACUACGGCUGUCAACCGAAUGUCUGCGACAACGAGCUCCUGCACUGCCAGAACGGAGGGACGUGCCACAACAACGUGCGCUGCCUGUGUCCGGCCGCGUACACGGGCAUCCUGUGCGAGAAGCUGCGGUGCGAGGAGGCGGGCAGCUGCGGCUCCGACUCGGGCCAGGGGGCGCCCCCUCCCGGCUCCCCGGCGCUGCUGCUGCUGGCCGCGCUGCUGGGCACAGCCAGCCCCCUGCUGUUCUAGAUGGGCCACCAGCCACCGGCCAGGGCGCGUGCCCGCCUGGGAGGGGGAGCCAACGCAACGCGAGCAUUCGCUGCUAACAUAGGAAACACACACUCAGACACCCCCACUCAAGCACCGUGUACAAACUAAGAAGGCCUAACUGAACUAAGCCAUAUUUAUCAGCCGUGGACAGCACAUCCCGAGUCAAGACUGUUACUUUCUGACUCCAGAGGAGUUGGCAGCUGUUGAUACCAUCACCGCAAAUCACAUUGCCAGCUGCAGAGCAUAUUGCCCAUCGGAAAGGCUGUGACAGCCCCUGAAACAGGAAGGACAACAAACAAAUCAAGCAACCUAAAAACAUUCGCUACUCUCCCGCGGGGUGCCCCAGCACCACUGGCCCGGUGUGUGGACCAACCAAAUAGAAGCAUUCUUUGCUGGCAGUGCACUGUGGGUAUAAGGAAAUCUGUUACAAGCUGCCAUAUUGGCCUGCUUCAGUCCCUGAACCCCUUCCAACCUGUGCUUUAGUGAACGUUGCUCUGUAACCCUUGUUGGUUGAAAGAUUUCUUUGUCUGAUGUUAGUAAUGCACAUGUGUAACAACCCCCUCCAAAAGCUCAAGCCAGUCAUACCCCGUAUAUCUUAGCAGCACUGUUAUCCCAGUGCAAGCACACAUCCACUGUCCAAGAGUGGCUAUAGGAAAAAAAAAGAAAAAAGGAAAAAAAAAAAAAAAAGAAAGUGUAUCUAUCCUUUUGUAUUCAAAUGAAGUUAUUUUUCUUGAAAUACUGUAAUAUGUAGAUUUUUUGUAUUCUUGCCAAUUUGUGUUACCAGACAAUCUGUUGAUGUAUCUAAUUCGAAUCAGCAAAGACUGACAUUUUAUUUUGUCCUCUUCGGUUCUGUUUUGUUUCAUUGUGCAGAGAUUUCUCUGUAAGGGCAACGAACGUGCUGGCAUCAAAGAAUAUCAGUUUACAUAUAAUAACAAGUGUAAUAAGAUUCCACCAAAGGACAUUCUAAGUGUUUUCUUGUUGCUUUAACACUGGAAGAUUUAAAGAAUAAAAAUUCCUGCAUAAAUGAUUUCAGGAAUUUGUAUUGCAAUUUCUUAAGAUGAACGGAGCAGCCAGCGAGCAGUUCCACACUCACUUUACUGGUUUCUCUGUGGACUGAAUACACUCAGCUGAUGAAUUUAGUACCCAGGAAGAUGGAUUGAUGUUCACUAGCUUGGACAACUUCUGCAAAACAUGAGACUAUUUCCACUUGGGAAAAAAUUAUAACAGCAAAAAAAAAAAAAAAAAAAAAAAGUCUAAAUGAUUGCCAAGAUUAUGCCAAAGCCUGUUGGCAGAGUACUAAGAGACUUUGAUUUUUUAAGUCAUGCUAUUUUCACAGAUUGAUGUGAUCAUGUGACUCUAGGGAUGCUGAUCUAUGUAUCUUUGCAAAUACAGUGUUUACAUGGAGUAUCAUGAGAGAAAACCUGGAGAACCAGGAAAUUCGCAGGGAAUUUGAGUGAUUAGCAAUUUGAAUAUAUUCAGACUUAGUAUUUAGAGGAAAUAUCAAAAUAUACAGCAGCAAGUAGACAUGACUGCUGUUCCUGAGAAUAAAGUUUGUUUUAAGUACCA